AUCACAACUAGCGAGCAAGUCUGCCACUUCUAGGCUUUUAUUGUCGCUACAUUCAUCAUUCAUCACGUGUGUUUAUGUGAUGAUUUGUGCAGUGGUGUAGCUGGUCUUUCGGUGAGACACGGCAGUCUAAUCACUGCCACGGCAGUCCACCCACUGCCUGGGCAAUCCACCCACCACCAUGGCAGUCCAACCACUGCCACGACAGUCCAACCACUUACCACGGUAGUCCAACCACUGCCACGGUAGCCCAACCACUGCCACGGCAGUCCAACCACUCCCAUGGCUGUCCAACCACUGCCACGCAGUCCAGUCACAACUUCGGCAGUCCAACUAUUGCCACGGCAGUUCAGCCACUGCCAUGGCAGUGGAGGAUACUUGAGUAGUGUACUUGGCAAGGAAGGAUAUCUCAGUAGUGUCUUAGACAAGGAAGGAUACCUCAGCAGUGUCCUGGGCAGGGAAGGAUACCUCAGCAGUGUCCUGGGCAGGGAAGGUUACCUCUGCAGUGUCCUGGGAAGGGAAGGUUACCUCAGCAGUGUCCUGGGAAGGGAAGGUUACCUCAGCAGUGUACUGGGUAGGGAAGGUUACUUCAACAGUGUCCUGGGCAGGGAAGGUUACCUCGGCAGUGUCCUGGGUAGGGAAGUUUACCUCAGCAGUGUCCUGGGCAGGGAAGGUUACCUCAGCAGUGUCUUAGGUAGGGAAGUUUACCUCAGCAGUGUCCUGGGUAGAGAAGGUUACCUCAGCAGUGUCUUGGGCAGGGAAGGAGGAUAUCUCAAUAAUGGAUUAAUAAAGCCUGCUAAAUAUUAGUAAAACAACAUAUACAGCAGUGUGGUCAUGAUCCGUAACCUUUGACCAUGCGAGCCCUGACCUGUGACCCUCACUCACGCACAUCCUACACUACAACUUUCAUAACAACCUGACCCAUUUUUGUUAUGUGUUGCUUUUAGUUUUCAUAACUGUUAUUUCACAAAAAUAAUGGUUGACGUAUUUUAUUACAAAUGUUUUAAUUCGGUCAUAUAUGAAAACGAAUUUGAGAAACAAAGCAUUAGUAAACAUCAGGUCAAAUUGAUAAUAAUAAUAAAAGACAAAACCUUCGACAUCUUAUUUUAUUCUAAAAAGUCGAGUGUUGAUGAGACGUGUAGGUCACCUUACUGUAGAAGAGCAUCAUUCUGAACCAUCAUUCUAAACCAUCUAGUAUUUUAUUCAGAACAGCUUACAAUAAUUUCCUGAUUCAUUACUGGAUAAUGUGUGUGGUAGCCUUAGUAUACACACUCAGGCCUACCAGUCAAAGCAACUACCACUCUCAUGGGUUUAUCACUCUUUUACAAUAUAAUGACAUCCGAUGACACUUGUGUCAUACAACAAGGGUCAAAAUAACAACCGUGUUAGUUGAUCAUAACACAACAUUCGUGUGAUGAUACUAGCCCAGGAGGGAAAAAUUAUUCCUCUGUGAGGUAUUAUACUCUGUGGCGUAAUACAAUAGUCCUUGGUUUGACUAUGGCUUCUGUAUCAAUCGAAAUACCAUUCCUGAGAGAUUUUUGUUACUGCCGAAGGUGUGAUCCCAGUCUAGCUUUAUAAAACUCAGUGAAGGGGUGCAAAAUCUUCAUUCAUUUGUGGUACAUUGACUGAGACAGGUGACAAUGUCCACAUGUAGCCGCCUUUAUUACCCUUAUACCACUAACUUGUGAAUAUCUGUGACUGAAACAAUACCACUAGCUGUGGUUGGAACAAUGCCACUAUCUGUGACUGGAACAAUGACACUAUCUGUGAUUGGAAGCGUGCCUACAUCAGGCUUCUAUAGUCAUCCCCUGUAUAGUCCUUGUGGCUUAGCGCUUCUUUUUUAUUAUAAUAAUAAUAUAGUCAUCCCUCUGGGGUGAAGUCCUAGAUUAUUAAUAUUUUAAAGUGUAAUAUAUUUAUGUAAGUAAACAAUACCUUGAUGAUGAGAGUUUUAUAUGGAGUCGCUUCCAGAAAUCACCGCCCCCGCAGCCCGGUCCUAAACCAGGCAUCCUGGUUGCUGGCCUUAUUAAUCAAGCUGUUAGUGCCCGCCGCCCCGCAGUCCAACGUAUGCACCGCAACGCAGUUGAUCAGGAACUGUUUUGAGGAAUCUGUAGUUUCCCCUUAAAGACAGCUACUAGGGGUUUGUUGGUGAUCUCUCUCUUGUGGAUGGAGGGAGGAUGUUGAGGAGUUGCAUUUAUUGACUUCUCUCUCAGUGUACUCAUCGCUUCCCUACUUUUCAUUGGAGGUAUCCUGCAACAUCUGGCAAGCCUCUUGUGUUUAUAAGUAGUAAUUUCGGUGUGCAGCUUUGGUAUCAGUCCCUCCGGUAUCUUCCGGGUGUGGAUUAUGAUGUCUCUCGCCUACGUUGUAAGGAGUACAGUUCUAGGGACCUCGAGCGCUCUCAGUAAUUUAAGUACUUGGCUGUGUUUAUAUGAACUGUGAAGGCUAUCUGAACUGUUUUUUUUCAGCUCAGCAAUUUCACCUGCCUUGAAGGGAGCCGAUACACAGCAAUACUCCAGCCUACAGAGAACGAGCGACCAAUAAUCAUCAUUGGUAAACUAUCAUUGUUCUUGCAGUUGCAAUAAUAAUUUUGUUGUGCUCCUUGAACGUGAGAUCUGACAUUAUCGUUCUCAGACUUACUUUUUAUUGAGUGGUUUGAGUUUGUACUCUGAUCUUGUUUUCAUUUCCUUCAUUCUUUCAUGGCGUAGUAAUUAAAAUUUGUCCUCAUUGAACACCAUAUUGUUGUCAGUGACCCACUGGAAGAGUGUUGAUAUCAGCUUAGAGACUCGCUAUAUCUUCAAUGGAUGCCAUUUUGACACUGAUUCUACUCUACAGACGAUGGUACAGUGCCAUGAUUGAUGUCCCUGUCUAUGUCAGAACUGAAAAUGAGGAAGUGGGGCGAGAACCGUGCCUUGGGGGACAGAACUUUUUACUAUAGCAAUCCUUGAUUUCACGCCGUUUACUAUUACUUCUAUUAGUGAAAAACUUAAAAAUCAAUCUUCCCACAUUCCCAGUUAUUUCUUUUGUGCACAAUUUGUGUGCAAUUACCCCAUGGUCGCACUUAUCAAAGGUUUUUGCAGUCAGGGUAUACUACAUCAGCAUUUUGUGUCUUAAGAGCAUCCAAGACCAUGUCGUAAUGGUCCAGAAGUUGCGAAAGAAAAGAGCGACCAGUUCUGAACCCAUAUUGACCUGGAUUAUGAAACUCCUGCGAUUCCAUGUGAUUGAUAAUCUUGCUUUAGUCUAUAGUUUUUUUUUCAUUGCUAUACUACCGCCUUUGUGGAGUGGGGUAAUAUCAAUGGUUUUUAAUGACUGCGAGAUGACUCCAGUGUCUAGGUUUCUAAUCCAUAGAAUAUUUAAGGUACAUGAUAGUUUUUUUGAAAUUCUUGAUGCAUAUCGAAUUCCAAGAGUCUGGGCCCUGGGUGGAGUGCAUAAGCACGCAAUCAAUGGCUUCUUCGAAGUCAGGCGGGGGAUAGAGUUGUAUCAGUCUUAGCAGAUGUCUGCAGCAUUUUGUGUCUCAUUCAUGGAGACCUUAUUUGCUUAUUUGGGUUGUCAGCCUUAAGGCUGAUUAGUGACUCACUGCACACUAAGUCGUACUGGGAUUUAAGUGUUUCAUUCAUUCAUUUCGUUGUUGUCAGUAUGUCCCAUUUCCUUUGAUUAAAGGCCCGAUACUGGAUUACGUUUUUGACCUGAUUAUCAUUAUUAUUAUUAUUAUUAGUAUUAUAGAAAGAAGAGCUAAACCUACAGUUUUUGACUUGAAUUUUGCAUAUGAGUAGAAGUAUUUGGGAUUUCUCGCAGUUUCACUUAUAGCUUUUCGCUCCUUCUGUCUCUCCUGGACUCUGUACACUGUAUUCAGUUUAAGCUCACCGUUUUCUGGCUAAAGAGCCAAUGUUACUUUUUGUUCUUCAGAGAGUCCGUUCUCCUAUAGAGGGCACACUUUUAUAACGAUAUGUGUCUUGAGCAUUUAGAGCCAUUGAGCUCAUCCUCUCCAUAUACUGGUUUAGAUAGCCGUUUAUCAUAUUGUCUUCCAAAUUAAUUUCAACAAGCUCAUGAUUUAUUAUCUCCCAGUUGAUGCGUUUGAUGUUAAAGUUAAAUUUGUUGCAGAUACCUUCAUGGUUAAGAGUGACCAAUGGUUAUGUAUGUCUUUACCUCUGUUAAGUUUUGGUCUGCGUUUACUGUCUUCGACACUAUAAUGUUCCGAACUAGGUCUUCAUUAUUAGUGAAUAUAAGGUCUAAAAUAUUUUCUAAUCUAGUUGGUUCUGCUAUUUGCUUGCAUAAGGCGAAUUUGUCGCAGUCUCAGUAGUCGAGUUGUACGAGACAGUUCACCUAAACUAUCUCCUGGGAUUCUUUCUUCUAUUAGUCAUUGCUACAUUCUUCCAUUUUAGGUAUCUUAAUUAAACUGAAGUUUCCAUAGUUGCUCUUUAGUUGGGAAAUUGAUGGUUCUCAUAGUUAUAAUUAGAUUUAGAUUUUCAAUUUUAACCAGCCGAAUUUCUACCACAUUCGUGGUGUUGAAUAAUUCGGUGCAUGUAAGUGAUUCUUUAACAUUCAGCCUUUCUCCCCCCCCCCCCCUUGUCUGCUUUUUCCGGUCGCAUCUGAAUAGGUUGUAACUAGGAAUCCAUAUUUCAUUGUCCAAUUAACCUUCUGUAAAGGUUUCCGUAAAGGCUGCAUAUUGCAUUUGACUCUGUGAGGAGGCCGCUGAUGAACGGUAUUUUGUUGUUUUUGCUAGGUUGAAUGUUUGCAAAAAACAAAAUGUUAUGUUUGUCGCUGAGCUGGGAGGCUUGUUUGUUGGCUUCAAUAUUUGUGUCCCUGGUGAGACCGCCACUGGUGGUGUUUCCAGUCUAGGAUAGUUCCGAGAUGGUGGCAUAUUCUAACCAUUUUUUGCUCUUCUUUUUCGCUUCCUGGCACUAAAAAAAAAAUCAUUACUACCUGCAUGGUUGUAAUUACCAUCGUCAGUUUUAUGUUCAUGUUGCCUUAUGCGCCGCGUUCCCUCGCAUGGAACGCUGGGUAAAUGUCAUUAUAACAACGUUUCUCAUUGAGUCCCUGCACAUUUUAGGGUAGAAAUAUGUACGUACAGGUCUUGGAAUAACAUACUCCUUUCUUCAGGAGAGUAUGGCAUUUCUUGGGGUGCUCUUGAUUCUAGAAAGUAAUAAUAUGUUUUCGAAUUCCUUGCAUCGAUCCAAAUUGCCUCCCAUUCCUCAUGCACAGUAUGACACCUGCGGGUUUAACGCUUUCCUUGGUUAUAAUACUGCUGGUUUAGCGUUUCCCCUGAUUAUAAUACUGUGGGUUUAGCGCUUCUAAUUAUAGCGCUUCCUCUAAUUAUAUUAACAGUAACUUUAACUACAUAUUUAUUUCUUACAAAAAAAAAAUUGUGAAAUAUUAUUGACGUUUGAUUGGUUGACUCAUUAUCAGUCUUUAACGGAUGUUUGUAAAUUGAAUUUACAAACAACUGUUUCUUAGAAGUGGUCAAGACGCAUCAAAAGUAGACCUUUGUUAUUACGAUAUUUCAUCUGAAUGAUGAAGCCUCGUGAAGGUGAAACGUCCUGCUAAUAAAGGUCUCUUUUUUGCUCUUUUUUUAUCAUACUGUAUUUAAUUUAGUUUGUUAAUUGUUGUUCAUAGUUUAUCUUCGCUGUAACACCCAUGCGAGUUUACAGCUUUCCAGUAAUAAUAAUAAUAAUAAUAGCUCAUCUUUGUAUAGGUCUUUUUCAGGGUUCUUGAUCAGAGGAAUUGUGACUAACCUCUCCUUCCUCGAAUCAAACCUAAUUAUUCCCACCCCUGGCAUUCCCUUGGGAACCUGUAUGAUUAAUAGGUUUAGCUCUUCAUCAUAUUCAUGGUUUAUAACCUUUGCGUGGGACGCUGCUCAACAUCCCAACAGCCUAUCAGAAUCGUAACUACUGUUGUUUAUAUUAAACUUUCAAAGAGCGAUCAGACUGGUAGUAUGUCUCUCACUAGAUAUAUAACUCUCAUAAUUAUAUAAAAAAGGCAUAUAUACUUUAGGAAACUUGUUAAGAUACGUUUCGAAUUAUUAUUUUCAUGGGGGAGCGCUAAGCUGUUGGAGCUUUCAGCACCUGAGGGAAUGGGAAGUAAUCAGGUUGGGUCUACGGAAGGAGAUAUACAAUUUCUUGGUUCAGAAGUCCUUUACCGGCAUCAGGGAGUCUUCCUUGAGUGGCCACAAGUGUAUGCACCUAGGGGUAAAUGGCUGCCACAAGUGUAUAUGUAGUCUAGGGGCAAAUAAAGCUGCAGGCUGCUACUAUUCUGGACUGUGAUAGGGACGCAGACGCACUUAGCUUAAACCCAUAUCUGAUCAUACACCAACGUUAGAUGAAAUGUGUUUCGGAACUAUAUCAGUUAUUUUCGUGGUUAUUUCGACUUAAAAAUUUUCAGAUAAAUGUUUUCUUCGUUAUGAUAAAUUCCUAAUGUAAAUGUCUUUCACUGACGCUCUAAUUCAAUCGACUGCAUUUGGGGAUUAACUCUCUUCCAGACUACUUCCCGACUCUCUUGAACCUGAUAAUUAGGGCAUUUUUUUUUUUCAUGUAGCUUUGUUUUGGUUUUGCAUGACUUAAAGUCAUACUUAUUUGUAAUCAUUUCAAGUUUGUCAGUCAGUAUUAUUCGGUUGGUUAUUUAAAAAAUACCUUAUUAUUUUGUUUGAAUGCGAGGAAUUAUAAUGUAGUGUUAUUUUCAGACUGGCAUUGUCUUGCAUUAUCAGAGCUAAAACCAGCUUAAUUUGUCAAUUUUCCGAGAUUAUAUUAACUUAUUUAGUGAUUAUCAGUCUAAUCAACAUUAUUUUACUACUAAUCUCAGAUGAAAACAAUAUUCUUAAACUAAAGCCUUUUAAAGGAAUUCACAGCUGUCAGCGCCAUGCACAAAUAUUAAGUUGUACUUGUAAAAGUGACCCAAUAUCAUUCACGAAUGAUUAGGUCCCUUUCCCCUCCAGUAUCAUACGGUCUUAAUCACUUACACAUGUAUUUUCAUUAGCAAAAUUAAUAAGGAAUGCCUUUUUUUUUAUAUUUCGCAUUAGCGAAAUGUGUCGUUCUUGGGUGAUCAUUGUCAUCACAGGGAGAUGUGCACACGGUUACUUAUGUUAGAGCAGUGUAUUGCAAGUAGAAAGUGUAGUUUUGGUGUAGUGUAAGGUAGUGGUUGUUGUAUGAGCCUCGUCCCUUCACCACACCGCCUGCUGCUGGUAGUUGUAGAUAUCUCACACCAUAUCACAUAGCCUAUUGCUGAUGCUUGUGCUGGAGGCUUAGCCUUCCACCACAGUACCUGCUGAUGGCAGUUGUGGUGAUGUUGGUAAUGCAGGCCUCGGCCCUCCACCACACAAGCCACUCACUACGGAGAGGACACGAAGGUCCUCCUCUUCCUCCUCCUGCCACUCUUGGAUCGGAUGGCUGCCUCACCUCCCGUGUUUUGCUUUGUUUCAGAUGGGCGCUACAAACCGUACAAGUGUCCCCACUGCUUCAAGAGCUACUCCUCCAAGUCCAACCUGAACACACACGUGCGAGACCUGCACGCUGCUGUGCCCCAGGUGUUCACCUGCCCGUACUGUAACAAGAAGUAUUCGUCCAAGAACUCUCUGCGCUACCACAUCACCAUGUACCACCGCGAGGAAAAGAACCGCGAUCAGGCGCUCCAGCACGCUAUAGCCACCGCCCAGCCCAUGCCCCCACUAGGUCUUCAGGGCAACUCUGCCAACCCUCACGAGCCUUCCCUUGCUAGCCAACUGCCUACUAGUGUGCAGCAGCAGCAGCAGCAACAACAACAGCUGUUCAGCCACAUGCAGCAACCUCUCGUCCCACAGCCAGAACCUCUUGUGGAGCUGAGCAUGAGGGAUGAUAUCAAGUACCGGGCGGCUGCUACCUCCAACACAAUGAUGAGCGACUCCAAGUGCCACCUGCCUCCUGCCACCACUUCCGAACACUAGGAUAACUACGUGGAUCCACGGCGGCAACAGCAGUGCCCCAUCUGCUACAAGUGGCUGAGCAAGAGGACCCACUUACCCACACACAUUCGUGACCAGCACUCUUCUACUACAACGUACCAGCACAAGUGUGACGUCUGCAACAAACAU